AUGGCUAGCUUCAUGUCAAGCUUCUUUCCUGGUGGAAAAGCAACCAAUGCUUCUGGCGAAAACAGUACCUCACGCCCUGCUACACCGUCUACCAAGUUGGACAACUUCCUCAACCCUGUGAGCACGCCUCAAGGUAGCCCCAGCAAGAAGACCAAUCCUCCUGGUGCGCACGACCUUCCUUCCGCCUUCGAAAGUGCCCUGAACCUCAACACUCCCACAAUUGAGCCGCCCCUCAGAUUGGGACGCCCUCAGAGUGUCGUGACCCCGCUGGCGCCCGGCAAGACCAAGACCCAGCCUCUCGACGAGUCCAGUCCGAAUGUCGAUGAAAGUGUCGUCCACAAGUCACGACCGGGGAGCCCUAAUAAGAAGCAAGGCCAGGAAAACACCCCUCCAACAUCUCGCUUGGCCGCCCUCGAAUCUCCCCAUCAGCACAGCCAUGCUGCUGUUACCCGUCAACAGCUCUAUGAGCAGAGGGACCGACCUACCACACCCGCGACCAAACGAUUCAACACACAUCGAGGCUUGACAGCAGAGGAGCGUGAAAUCCUCCAAAAGCCCAACGUCAAGCGACUGGUGAAUGUUACGCAACUUUAUUUCCUAGACUAUUAUUUCGAUCUUCUCACAUACGUUGGCGCUCGCCAAAACCGAUUACAAGCCUUCAAGAAUGAAUACCCCCCGCCCCCAGAGACCGAUGAACAGACGCACAACCAAAUGUGGACCAAGUAUGCUGGGCGAGAGCGCGCCAACCUUCGCAAGCGGCGAGUACGACUUCGACACGGAGACUUCCAAAUCCUGACCCAGGUUGGUCAGGGCGGAUAUGGCCAAGUCUUCUUAGCCCAAAAGAAAGACACCCGUGAGGUCUGCGCUCUCAAAGUCAUGAGCAAGAAGCUACUUUUCAAGCUGGAUGAAGUUCGUCACGUCUUGACCGAGAGAGAUAUUCUUACAACUGCUCAGAGUGAGUGGCUGGUUAGACUCCUCUACUCUUUCCAGGAUGAGAGGAGUAUCUAUCUCGCUAUGGAGUACGUGCCUGGUGGUGACUUCCGCACCCUGCUUAACAAUACUGGUGUGCUAUCAAACCGCCACGCCCGCUUCUACAUCGCCGAGAUGUUUUGCUCAGUAGACGCUCUGCACCAACUGGGCUACAUUCACCGGGAUCUCAAGCCCGAGAACUUCCUGGUCGAUUCGACGGGCCACAUCAAGUUGACCGAUUUUGGUCUUGCUGCCGGUGUCUUGGCCCCAUCCAAGAUCGAGUCGAUGCGCGUCAAGCUGGAAAAGGCUUCUGAGAGUUCAGUCCCUUUCGGCAAGCCCAUGGAUCAGCGAACCGUGGCUGAACGUCGAGAGAGCUACCGGACGAUGCGUGAAAACGAUGUCAACUACGCCAAAUCCAUCGUAGGCUCACCCGACUACAUGGCACCCGAGGUCCUUAGAGGGGAGGAAUACGACUUUACAGUGGAUUACUGGAGUUUAGGCUGUAUGCUGUUUGAAGCUCUCACGGGGUUCCCUCCCUUCGCUGGUGCCACCCCCGAUGAGACGUGGCGCAACCUGAAGCACUGGAAGGAAGUUCUGAAGAGACCUGUGUGGGAGGAUCCCAACUAUUUCCUGAGUAACCGAACCUGGAACUUCAUCUGCACGUGCAUCAACUCCCGCUCAAGACGGUUCUCGAAUAUUACUGAUAUCUUUGCCCAUCAAUACUUUGCCGAAGUUGAAUGGGAUGUUUUACGACAUACUCGUGCACCAUUUGUCCCUGAGCUGGACUCGGAGACCGAUGCGGGCUACUUCGAUGACUUUACCAACGAAGCUGACAUGGCAAAGUACAAGGAAGUUCAUGACAAGCAACAAGCUCUCGAGACUAUGGCUGAACGUGAGGAUCAAAUGAGCAAGAGCCUCUUUGUCGGCUUCACAUUUAGGCAUCGCAAACCUGCUACAGAAGACGGAGCUAGCCCUCGGAAACGCAUUCCGACUGACGAGUCGUUUGGGACGAUGUUCUAG